CUUAACUGUGGUUUAAAGGUCGGCCACCUAAUAGUUUUAAUUUUAUCAGGACGAUUUAUUUCCCCAGACUUUAAACAGAUGAUUUAAACGACGGUCUUUGUCUUGUUAACGCUGCCUUUCUGGUUGGUUGGUACCUAUCAGUGAAUCCCGGGAAAGUUUACUGCUGACACGUGGAGAAUGCGUUACAAUCCGGGAUUGAUGUGACCGUGCUGUUAGGAAGACUGUUCCAGAAAUUUUGGACCCAGGAACAGGGAAGAAUGGCAACGUUCCUUUGCCCAUCAAUUGGAAAACACAAUACAAGUCUGCUAUUUCUCUUUCCAUCCUUGUAUCUUCUCUGAGGCAGCUGAAGAUCAACUUAUACUUGGGCACGAGGAACUGAGAUUGACUGUUGGUGGAACAAAAGGAAAGAAUUUAACAACAAGGUAGAAAUGUGUGCAGCUGGCAAAUGUACAGCAGACCUGAAAUCUGGAAGUAAGACUAUUGAAUAAUCACUUUACAGGAACAGCUACAAUCUGGGGUUUCUGGUUCCCAAGCUUUCCUUCUUUUGUUUGAUGGAGCUUGUUGGAGUAUGUUUAUUAAUCAAACUAGUUGCCAUCUUAUUGUGCAAGAACAAGGCAGCUGAAUCCUGUACUAAUGGAGAAAUGCAAGUCAGCCCUGCAUCCGUAAUAAGAUUUGGAUCAAGCAUUAACAUAUCGUGUAUAUUAAAGGGAUCAUUCUACAAUGAAUGUACAGCUCAACAGCUACGUAUUAUACAAGACAACGCCAUGCUGCUACAUACAGUACAGAUCCCCACCAAUGCAGUCAUUGCACACAUUCCAAAGUUUACAAAUGAUGAGUCCAGUUUUGCUUGUAAGCUACACUGCAACAUGGAAUACUUGAUUUGUGGAAUUGAUAUUAAAGCUGGCUACCCUCCAGAUCAGCCCCAAAAUUUGAAAUGCAUUCAAAAUGGAAGAGAAGGUGAUGUAUCUUGCAGCUGGUUUAUAGGACGCAUCACGCAUAUCAGAACAAAUCAUAUAUUGCGGUUCCGAAAUGAGUCACACAGUUUUUUUGCAUCAAAAACCUCUGCCGCGUUGUCAACUGGAAAUUGCACAAAGCAGAGGAAGACUCUACUGGACCAAAAGCUGCGCUUUGCAAGUGAAUCUGGACAUGUUUUCAACCCAUCCUCUGUUUAUUCAGCUUGGGUAACUGCUUCAAACCAACUGGGGAAUCAAACUUCAGCAGUCAUAAACUUCACCUUGGAUGAGAUAGUGACACCCAGUCCUCCCUGUAUCAGAAAGGUAGAAUUUAGCAGCAGCUCACCGCUAAUUAGUACAAUAUAUUGGCAAGACCACCAAAACACAAAGUUGUUUGAAAUCCGAUAUCAAAGUACCAACAGUCAAUGGGCAAAGAAAUUGUUAAUCAAUUUUACACACUGUGAUGUGUUUGAUUUGGAGCAUUACACAGAAUAUGAGUUCCAAGUUCGCUCAAAGUUUGAUCAGUUCCAAGGACAAUGGAGUGAGUGGAGUCCUUCCUUUAUAAGCAAGACACCAGAGGCAGUUCCCACAGGGCAACUAGAUGUCUGGUACACAACAGAUCUGUUUGAUUCCAAUCAUCUACAAGUCACACUUUUCUGGAAACCUCUCAAGAUGCUUGAAAGCAGAGGAAGAAUCCUGGGUUACAAUAUAACACUUCAGAAAAGUACAAAGGAAAACACAGCUAUCUGGGAACAGACUUCAAACACCUGGUACAUUAUGGAAAUCCCUAGGACAGGCUGUACAAUUACAGUGUCUGCUUAUAACUCCAAGGGAAACUCUCCACCUUCUCAACUCCAUGUGCCAUAUCUCUCAGAUCUUCCUGCACCAAGAAACAUCUCAGCUACGUACACUGGAAACAACCAGUUCUUAGUCAAGUGGACAGCACCUGAAAAACAUCUCCAAGGAACCUCCCGAGGAUAUGUAGUGGAAUGGGCAGAUGUAAAUAACAAAGAUAAUCUGAAAAUAAAUUGGAUGAAGCUCCCUCCUCAAAAUCAUUCAGCAACAUUAACAGAAAGUAUAAAGCCAAAGACUUGUUUUCAGAUUUCUGUUUAUGCCAUUUACAAAAGUGGGGCAGGAAGACCACUGUCAACUCGACGCUACUCUGCACAAGAAGCAGCACCAAUGUCAGGACCUACACCCUUCACCAAGCAAAACACUGCUGUAAUAUUCUGGAAGAAUGUUCCACAUGACCAGAAAGAAGGUUGCAUAGAGAGCUACACCAUCUACUUGCAGGAGGAAAAUUCCAAGCUACUUCCGACAGUUUAUCGGCCUAUUGACCCAAACAGCAAGAAUUACACAAUCCCAGAUUUGAAACCUGAGACUGGAUAUAUUGUGUGGAUGACAGCAGUAACUAGAGCUGGUGAAGGAAAAAAUGGAGAACAUCACAAAUUUUACUACAGCCAUGAAAGUACUCCUCCACACUCUGACAGCAAGUCUAUCAUAAUGGUGGUUGUUGCAUUAACAUUCUUAUUUGCUGUCAUUGUUUCUGGAUUUUGUUUAUGGCAGUCAGUGAGGAACAGGAUAUGGUCUAUUUUGUCAAAACUCUUAUCUCCACUGUAUGUAAGAAACAUUCCUGAUCCAGCUAACUGCACUUGGGCAAAAGAAUACACUGCAAUUAAGGGCAAGAUGGAUCUAUCAUACACUGACUUCCAUACUGAAUCAUCUUUCACUUAUGAAGACCCGGAGACUCUGCAAGUAGAGGAAAUAUCACCAGAGCUGGAAUUCUGUUUCAAUAUGGAAACUGUUGAUCCAAAUCAGAGUACAUUUCAAUCGCUAAUACUAAUUCAGUCCACAGCUAGUGAAUUGCAAGAAAGAAUGGAACUCAGCCAAGGAAAUCUCUCUCCAGGAAACAGUGAAGAUAACAUUCUGGACUACAAGUGCCAACUUCCUUGUUUAUAUGUUGAAAAAGUACCCACUGUGGAAAUUAACCAGCAUUCAGAUUCAAACAAUUCCACAAUAAACAGAAAUACCAGUUACAUCCCUUCCAACUUCUUACAUGUGAUGGACAGCACAGAGGAUAAUGAUGAAAUUUUUGCAGAUACUUUUUCUUUCAUGCCUCUCCCUUCCUUGGCGAGGAUGGAAAUCCCUUAUGGAGGGAAACUAACAUUAGAUGCAGUGAAAAUUGACUGCAGUUCACUUGUGGAAUAAGAUUAAGAACACUUCGAGAGAUGGUACACAUUAAUAAUGACUUGCUAAGACUAGCUAAGUCAAAGUGACAGCUGCAAUUAUGUCUCUUAGCUAGAAUGCAAAACAUCAAAAGAGAAAUCGAGACGCAACCCCUGAUGGUAACCCAGUAAAGAGGCCAUUUGCAGCAUGACAUGUUGAGGGCAGUGUGCACAAUGUUGCUCUGUAUGCGACAUGGCAAUGCCUUUGGUUUGGUUAGUUACGUAUAUAGAUACUAGGAGCUGUAGCAGAGUCAACUGAUUCGUCAUAUUAUGUUGCCUAUGUUCAGUUCACGCAUACUUACUUAAGUAAUAA